UCUGUUUUCGUUCAGUCACCCUGGAAGGCUAGGGAAAGAGUGCUAACACGUGUGUUAAACAACGUAAAGUAUUUUCUAGUUCUCCAGAAGAAAUUAGUGCCUUAUCCUAUCUUUGCCUCUAUUUUUUAUCUUUAUUUUGCUGAUAUAAAGUUAACCGAACAGGAUUGUUUUGAGCAGUUUAUUAUGGCUGAGAACGAAGACGAUAAUCAGUACAGAAUCAAAGAGGGUGACAAUGUUGUGUUAAAACGUGGAGACAUUUAUAAAGCUGUGCAAAUUCAGCUAAAGAAGAAGGUGAUCUUUGAGAAGCAGUGGAUAUUUCUGGAUAAUGCAGUGGGACAGUUGUACAGCACCACGUUUGAGAUUGUAUCUGGAGGAAACCUGCAGCCAAAGGAGGACCGUAAGGAACAGGACACAGAAAGUCCUGCAGAUGUAAAGGUGGCAGGUACGGACAACAGGAACAUUGUUGAUGAUGGCAAAUCACAGAAGCUGACCAGAGAUGAUAUUGAGACGCUGAAAGAGCAAGGCCUGAAGGGUCAGGAAAUCGUGCAACAGCUGAUAGAGAACAGCUCCACCUUCACUACUAAGACUGGAUAUGCCCAGGAUAAAUACAUCAAGAAGAAGAAGAAGAAGUAUGAAAACACCGUGACUAUUGUAAAGCCAACCUGUCGUGUCCUGGCCAUGAUGUACCAUGGCCGCGAGCCAGGAAAGAUCUGCCACCUGCGGUAUGACACACUCGCACAGAUGUUGACUCUGGCAAACGUCCACGCUGGCAGUAAAGUUCUGGUGUUUGAGACCUGUGCGGGACUUGUACUGGGAGCCAUUAUGGAACGAAUGGGAGGCUACGGAUCAGUGAUUCAGAUGUACCCAGGAGGGGGGCCUGUUCGAGCGGGUGUGGAGUGCUUUGGCUUUCCUGCUCAUUUUCACAAUACGCUGCAUGAGUUUCCCAUCUGCCACGUCAACGCUUUGCUGGCAGGCUCUCUGGACACCUCUGCCAAAGACCCCUCAGCUGGUGAAAAUCAGAUUGUUGACAGGCAGAUUGGUGUUGCUGCAGAGGAGCAACAAAACCAGCCCGAGUUGGAACAGCAGGACGGCGGUCCAGAGGAGCAGAGCAUGGAGACAAGUUCUGCUGAGGACCAGGAGAACCUGGAGAAGGAAAAACGCAAAGAAAUCAAAGCUCAAGAAAAAAAGUCAAAGCUGGAGGAGAAGCGACGGAAGCUGGCAGCUGCCGCUGCCCUGCUGGGAGGCAGGAACGCUGAUGGGCUGGUCAUAGCGAGUCGCUUUCACCCCUGUCCCGUCCUCAGUCUGAUCAAGUUCCUCUCCCCCUCGCGGCCUUUCGUGGUUUUCUCACAAUAUAAAGAGACGCUCAUCGAGUGCUACACAAAACUUAAAGAACAAGGCGGCACGGUCAACCUCAGACUCACCGACACCUGGCUCCGGCAUUACCAGGUUUUGCCUAACAGGACUCAUCCUGUGCUGCUGAUGAGCGGGGGCGGGGGCUACCUCCUCUCAGGGACAACUGUUGCCAUGGACCACUCCAAACCAGCUGGCUCCCUACAAGCUGAGGGGCCAGCGCCAAAGAAACAGAGAAUGGACGAACACUGAGGCAUGAACGAAUCUAAACCUAAAGGGGUUGUUGAACUACAGCUGUCAGAUCGCUUCUUAGGCUAUAAUGUCAAGAACGUGGUUUAAAAAAGCCACCUGAGAUGUUUUUGAUGUAAAAAAAAGUGAUGAAAUUAUCUUUUUCAUUUUUUAAACAACAAGUUUAUGUUUUGAAACCAGCUGUUAACUGUUUUUUAAGUCAUUUGUUACAAAUUAGACUUGCAAAUAUAGGUUUACUGUAUCUGCACAGGAUUAUAUUCAUUAUGUGACCACUUUGACCUCAAGAAAUAAAAAAAAACUUGUUUUGGUCCCAGAAUAA